CGGCCGGGAUGGGGCUCCGGGAGCUGUCCGUGGUGCUGAUCCUCGCCGGGGGACUGGUGCACGUGUCCUUGCAAGGAGAGUAUCAGAGGAAACUGUACAAGGAACUCCUAAAGAAUUACAACCCACUAGAAAGGCCUGUGGGCAAUGAUUCCCAGCCGCUCACGGUCUCUUUCAGCCUCAGCCUAAGGCAAAUCAUGGAUGUGGAUGAAAAGAACCAAGUAUUAACCACCAACAUUUGGUUACACAUGUAUUGGACAGACUACUACUUACAAUGGAAUAUGUCUGACUACCCUGGAGUGAAGAACGUCCGUUUUCCUGAUGAUCAGAUAUGGAAGCCAGAUAUCCUUCUAUAUAACAGUGCUGAUGAGCGCUUUGAUGCUACAUUUCAUACAAAUGUUUUGGUGAACUCUUCAGGAUACUGCCAAUAUAUCCCUCCAGGAAUUUUCAAGAGCACCUGCUCCAUAGAUGUGCGUUGGUUUCCUUUUGAUGUCCAGAAAUGCGAAUUGAAAUUUGGCUCGUGGACUUAUGGUGGAUGGUCUUUGGAUCUGCAAAUGAAAGCAGCAGAUAUAACUGGAUACACUUCGAAUGGCGAGUGGGAUUUAGUGGGUGUCCCUGCAAAAAGGACUGAAAAUUUCUAUGACUGUUGCAAAGAGCCUUAUCCAGAUGUGACCUUUACAGUGACAAUGCGGAGGAGGACUUUGUAUUAUGGACUCAAUCUUCUUAUUCCAUGUGUGCUGAUCUCCGCUCUUGCCCUCCUCGUUUUUCUGCUUCCAGCGGACUCUGGAGAGAAAAUUUCCCUUGGGAUAACGGUUUUAUUGUCCCUCACUGUUUUCAUGCUCCUGGUGGCAGAAAUUAUGCCGGCGACAUCUGAUUCAGUGCCAUUAAUAGCACAGUAUUUUGCCAGCACCAUGAUUAUUGUCGGCCUUUCCGUUGUUGUCACAGUUAUCGUCCUACAGUAUCACCAUCACGAUCCAGACGGGGGCAAAAUGCCAAAGUGGACCAGAAUUAUCCUUCUCAACUGGUGUGCCUGGUUCCUGAGGAUGAAAAGACCAGGGGAGGAUAAAGUACGUCCAGCUUGCCAGCACAAACAGCGUCGAUGUAGUAUGUCAAGUGUCGAGAUAAACACUGUAAGUGGGCAACAAUCCAGCAACGGCAAUAUGCUCUACAUUGGAUUCAGAGGACUGGAAGGUGUCCAUUGCACACCUACCACCGACUCAGGUGUGGUCUGUGGCAGAAUGACUUGUUCCCCAACAGAUGACGACAACCUCCUUCACAGCGGACAUCCUUCUGAAACUGACCAAGAUCUGGCUAAAAUCCUGGAGGAGGUCCGGUACAUUGCCAACCGGUUCAGAGACCAGGAUGAGUCGGAAGCCAUUUGCAACGAGUGGAAGUUUGCAGCUUCUGUCGUGGACCGCCUCUGUUUGAUGGCUUUUUCAGUCUUCACAAUCAUUUGUACCAUUGGGAUUUUAAUGUCGGCACCCAAUUUUGUAGAGGCCGUUUCUAAAGAUUUUGCUUGACCUGAGCUUGUGGACUUGCAAAAUGUCAGCGAUCCAUCAAAAUAUGUUAUGUAGCGAUAGCAUAUACAGUGCACUUUGCUUAUACAGGAUGUGUGGAUGCAAAC